GACGUAAACUGAGGAGCCUGAGCACAGGGUGGAAUAAUAAAGGACUGGCAGGCACUGACAGCAGGACUUGGCUUUCCUUUUCAGGGUGACAGUGAUGUGGGAAGCUGGAGUUUGUCUGAAAAAGAGCAGCACACAAGCUUUGGGAAUGGCAGUUUAUUCCCUUGGCUUGGGAACCACUGAUUCCUCUCUGUGGCCUGAGAUUUCUUCCUGCAGUGAUGCUUCUUGGAAUAAUAACACAAGGCCCUGGUUUGUGGCAGCCAUCUGUAUUUGAUGAUCUGCAAAUCUGAGCACAGGUGGGAAUCCACACAGCUUUAACAAGCUUGUUCCUUUGGGCCCCUGGCAGGUGGGAUCCAGGGGGCUUUUGAAGUCGGUGUCAAGGCACCCAAAGGCACCCAGCCAGCUCUUCACUUAGCAACAGCAACUGGCUGGGGCUCAGACAAAAUCUAAGUAAUUUUUGUAGUGGUUAGGUAAGUCAUGUCACAAGCAUAUCAGAGCCUCAGCUUGCUUGUGUGCAGAGACCUGUAAGUGCCACAUGCCUGAGUGACAGCAGAGCUUAUCAACCAGCACGAGCAAGUGACUCGAGUGGUGAACAUGGCACAGGGCUGCAAGGCAUGUUUUGUGAGAUUAUAACCAAGAAGCUGUCUUCUGACACCUACAGUCAUUACUUACAAUAACCAGGAGCAAAUUAUUUUAUCAGGAAAUUAAUUCUCUUUGGCAGUGAUGGGCGUGUGAGCGAAGUGCUCGUGCGGGUUUACCUCUGCAGCAAUCCUGGCGUGACGGGGCGCUGAGCACGUGUGGUUUGAUGCCAGAAAAUCCCAGUGACCUUUCCCUUUGAAAAGGGCCAAUUUCAGUACCUUAAAACCAGUAUUUUGGGGCAAUUUAUUGUGUCCUUCUGGUAGCACGGAUGGUGCGAAAUUGGCUCUCAUUGUGGAGGUUGGCUGUCCCUCAUCAGCAUAAAGGUUAUGUUGCACUGUGAUGGUUAUGCUUGAUGUUACACCUUGAAUUUUGGUCACAGAACACAGCAGAGUUUGUGCUUUGGUGCCAUCUUUGCCCCCCCAAGGGAUUUGGUAUCUUGUGUGUCAAACUAGGCGCCCAAAAUACGUGUCUACUUCGUUCUUCUCAUCCCCUGAGCUCCUGCAUCUGUCAGACACGGAGUACACCACCCCCUCCUUCUCCAAGAUGCUGGGAGAAGAUUCAGUUCAGCCCUGUUUGUUCAGCCCUCAGACUCUGUCGUGACAGGCAGUGUUGAAAAGCUCAUGAGGAAAUUAAUAAUUCUGCCUGUGAGCCAGGCAUGAGCGGCGUGCAGGAAAUGAGGCAUGAGACCACACGCUGAAUGAUGAGCAGAGAACAGGGGAGCGAAUUGCUGCUGGCUUUGGGGAGCAUCAUCCCCUGCAUGCACUGGUGGAGGCCAGAGUCCUUGCCUUGGACACCGGGCUUGGAAGCAAAACUGCACUGCAAAGCAUUUACAGAAGGGGGACAAAUUAAGGAUGCUGUGCCGGCCCUGAAUCUGGCAUUUCCUGACUGGCGCUGGACAUGGACACAGAGGAUGACCCCUUGUUACAGGAUGCUUGGCUGGAGGAGGAGGAUGAAGAGGUGGCCUUCAGCUCCUGCAAGAGGCGAGAGGGUGCUCUGCUGUGUGGGAAAAGCCCGUGCAGGGUCAGGCCCCUGCGUGUCACCCUGCCCGUGUCUGGCUUCUGGAAUAUUGUUGGCUGGGUGUUUACCAACCCGUACUGCGCUGGCUUCAUCCUUUUCCUAGGCUGUGCCAUCCCUGCCGUGCUCGCUGUCGUCAUGUUCUUGCACUACCCGGCCCUGGACAUCGACAUCUCCUACAACGCUUUCGAGAUCCGCAACCACGAGUCCUCGCAGCGCUUCGACGCCCUUGCCCUGGCCCUCAAGUCCCAGUUUGGGUCCUGGGGGAGGAACCGCCGGGACCUGGCUGACUUCACCUCCGAGACGCUGCAGAGGCUCAUCUUUGAGCAGCUCCAGCAGCUUCACCUCAACGCUUCCCACCUGGGGGUCGGCGCGCGGGUCAGGCGCAGUCCCGCGGAGGGCAGGGCAGGCUCCCCCGAGCCCCGUGUGCCCCCCAGCCCAGGGAACAGGACGUCCCGGGUCGGGAGGGGAGCCCCACGCUGGGACUACUCCAGCACCUACAUCAGUGCCAACACGCAGACCCACGCCCACUGGCGCAUCGAGCUCAUCUUCCUGGCGCGGGGGGACUCGGAGAACAACAUCUUCACCACCGAGCGCCUGGUCACCAUCCACGAGGUCGAGCGCAAGAUCAUGGACCACCCUCGCUUCCGGGAGUUCUGCUGGAAGCCCCACGAGGUCUUGAAGGACCUGCCCCUGGGCUCCUACUCCUACUGCUCCCCUCCCAGUUCCCUCAUGACCUACUUCUUCCCCACUGAGAGAGGAGGGAAGAUUUACUACGAUGGCAUGGGACAAGACCUCGCUGACAUCCAAGGGUCCCUGGAGCUGGCCAUGACCCACCCUGAAUUCUACUGGUAUGUGGAUGAGGGCCUGUCUGCCGAGAACAUGAAGAGCUCCCUGCUGAGGAGCGAAAUCCUCUUUGGGGCACCCCUGCCCAACUACUACUCGGUGGAGGAUCGCUGGGAGGAGCAGCGCCGCAAGUUCCAGAACUUCGUCAUCACCUACGUGGCCAUGCUGGCCAAGCAGUCCACGAGCAAAGUGCAGGUGCUGUACGGAGGGACGGAUUUGUUUGACUAUGAAGUGAGGAGGACUUUCAACAACGACAUGUUGCUGGCCUUCAUCAGCAGUAGCUGCAUAGCUGUCUUGGUCUACAUCCUCACCUCCUGCUCAGUGUUCCUGUCGUUCUUUGGCAUUGCCAGCAUUGGGCUGAGCUGCCUGGUGGCUCUGUUCCUGUACCACGUCGUAUUUGGGAUCCAGUACCUGGGUAUACUCAAUGGUGUGGCUGCCUUUGUCAUUGUGGGGAUUGGGGUUGAUGAUGUCUUUGUUUUCAUCAACACCUACCGCCAAGCCACCCACCUCAAGGACCUGCGGCUGCGCAUGAUCCACACGAUCCAGACGGCAGGCAAGGCCACCUUCUUCACCUCCCUCACCACAGCUGCAGCAUAUGCUGCCAACAUCUUCUCUCAGAUCCCAGCUGUGCGUGACUUUGGGCUCUUCAUGUCACUGAUUGUGUCCUGCUGCUGGGUAGCUGUGCUCUUCACCAUGCCAGCUGCUCUCGGAAUAUGGACCCUGUAUGUGUCCCCACUAGAGAGCUCCUGCCAAACCAGCUGCAGUCAGAAGUGCACCAAAAAGAGAGCCUUGCACCUGGCUGAAGAUCUCUUCAUUGCCCCAGAGGCCACCUCCAGGGCAGGCAGAGAGACCCUCCCCUACCUUGACGAUGACAUCCCACUGCUCAGCGUGGAGGAGGAGCCUGUCUCUCUGGAAAUGGGGGAUGUCCCCUUGGUGUCCGUGAUGCCAGAAAAUCUGCAGCUCCCUACAGAGAGGAGCAACCGGGGGCACUUGAUAACCCACCUGCAGGAGCUGCUGGAGCACUGGGUGCUGUGGUCUGCAGUCAAGAGCAGAUGGGUGAUUGUGGGGCUCUUCCUCCUUGUUUUGCUCCUGUCCAUAUUCUUUGCCAGCCGCCUCCAUCCCGCCAGCCGUGCUCCGGUCUUGUUCCGGCCUGACACCAACAUCCAGGUGCUGCUGGACCUGAAAUACAACCUGAGCGCUGAAGGCAUCUCCUGCAUUACCUGCUCAGGUUUGUUUCAGGAAAAGCCCCACAGUUUGCAGAACAACAUCCGAACCUCCUUGGAAAAAAAGAAGAGGGGCUCGGGGUCACCCUGGGGAAGCAAAGGCAGCAUAAGUGACACAGGGCAGCAAGAUCUCCAGGGGACUGUGUACAUCUCCAAGUCCAGGAGCAAGGGAAGACCAGCCAUCUACAGAUUCUCACUCAAUGCCAGUGUCCCUGCGCCCUGGCAGACGGUGUCACCGGGAGACGGGGAGGUGCCUUCAUUCCAGGUGUAUAGAGUGCCUUUCGGUAACUUCACCAGGAAGCUGACAGCUUGUGUGUCCACAGUAGGGCUGCUUAAGCAGACGAGCCCCAGGAAGUGGAUGAUGACCACCUUGUCCUGUGACACCAAGAGGGGCUGGAAGUUCGACUUCAGCUUCUACGUGGCCUCCAAGGAGCAGCAGCGAACACGGAAGCUGUACUUCGCCCAGUCGCACAAGCCCCCCUACCACGGCCGAGUGUGCGUGGCCCCCCCGGGCUGUCUGCUCAGCUCGAGCCCGGAUGGACCCACCAAAGGCAUCCUGUACGUUCCCAGUGAGAAAGCAGCGGCGCCCAGAGCGAAGCCGUCGGCCACGUCUGGGUUUAACCCGUGCAUGAACGCGGGCUGCGGGAAGCCGGCGGUGCGGCCACUGGUGGACACGGGAGCCAUGGUGUUCGUGGUGUUUGGGAUCAGGGGCGUCAACCGCACCAGGCGCCCGGACAACCACGUCAUCGGAGACCUGGGCAGCGUUAUCUACGAUGACAGCUUCGACCUCUUCAAAGAGAUUGGCAACCUGUGCCGCCUCUGCAAAGCCAUCGCCAGCAACACCGAGCUGGUGAAGCCCGGAGGUGCCCAGUGCCUGCCCUCGGGUUACAGCAUCUCCUCCUUUCUGCAGAUGUUGCACCCUGAGUGCAAGAACAUCCCAGAGCCAAACCUGCUGCCUGGACAGCUCUCUCACGGGGCAGUGGGGGUGAAGGAUGGGAAGGUGCAGUGGAUCUCCAUGGCAUUUGAAUCGACAACCUACAAGGGGAAGUCGUCCUUCCAGACCUACGCUGACUACCUGAAAUGGGAGACAUUCCUGCAGCAGCAACUCCAGCUCUUCCCAGAGGGCUCUGCUCUCCGGCACGGUUUCCAGACCUGUGAGCACUGGAAGCAGAUUUUCAUGGAGAUUAUAGGGGUGCAGAGUGCCCUGUAUGGUCUUGUCCUCUCUCUGGUCAUCUGUGUGGCUGCAGUGGCCGUGUUCACCACGCACAUCCUCCUCCUGCUGCCAGUGCUGCUCAGCAUCUUAGGGGUCGUCUGCUUGGUGGUGACCAUCAUGUACUGGUCUGGCUGGGAAAUGGGGGCUGUGGAGGCCAUUUCCCUCUCCAUCCUCGUUGGCUCCUCUGUGGAUUACUGCGUGCACUUGGUGGAGGGCUACCUGCUGGCAGGGGAGAACCUGCCACUGCACCAGGCAGAGGACCCCCGGGCGUGCCGGCAGUGGAGGACCGUGGAGGCCGUGCGGCACGUGGGGGUGGCCAUCGUGUCGAGCGCCGUCACCACCGUCAUCGCCACCGUCCCGCUCUUCUUCUGCAUCAUCGCCCCCUUCGCCAAGUUCGGCAAGAUCGUGGCCCUCAACACGGGGGUGUCCAUCGUGUACACGCUGACUGUGAGCACGGCCCUGCUCAGCAUCAUGGGCCCCGGCACCUUCACCCGCAGCAGGACUUCCUGCCUCAAGGCCGUGCUGGGGGUGCUCCUGGCCGGCCUGCUGGGCCUCUGCGUCUGCCUCGCCCUGCUCAAGAGCGGCUUUAAGAUCCCCCUCCCCAACGGGACAGCCCUGUAGAACCUCCCCCCCGGGGCCGGGGAGCCUCUGUCCCUCUCUCGCUCUCCCCCUUUCUUUUUUCUCUCUUUUCUUUUUAAAGGAUAUUUUUUGUAACGAAAACAAAAGAGGAAAAAAAAAAAAAAUCCCCCCUUUUUUUUUUUCCAGAAGUUUUUUCAACUCCAGAUGCACUUUAUUUUCUAAUGAGUUUUGCUCUAAACUUGUAUUUAUUUUGGGUAGUGACGGAUGGAUGACGGACAGUGAGGGCUGCCCAGGGAAUACCUCAGCCCGUGAGUAGGAGGGGAAGAGGUCUCCUUCUCUCAGUUUUCUUUCUGUUUUUUCUUUUCUUUUUUUUUUUUCUUAUCUUGUUCUUUUAAUUUUUUUUUUUUUUU